AUUUUUAAGGGUUGAAGAUUUCUUUUUCUUCUCUGAAUUCUGUUCCAGUUAUGCAAAUGUAUAGCCUGGCCUUGGCAGUCUUUCCACCCUCCUCCGUUCGUUGAUGCAUUCUAUAUCUAGGGUUUCUGCUCUCUGAUCAGUCUUUUCUGAAUUUCUGUUCACUUUUGGUUUCCCUUGAGUCCUAUCAUCAUGGGGAUGGGAGACUGGGAAGAACUUGCUCAAUCAGUAAUCUUAGGUCUUAUUUUCUCAUUCCUUUUGGCGAAGCUUAUAUCGAUGGUCAUUUCAUUCAGAGGUGAUAACCUUAGGUUGGCACGCGAAGAGGAUAUACCGUCCAUGCCAGUUGAAGCUGAAUCAGAAUCUUCGUUUGCUGUGAAGGAACCUGAUGUAAUCUCCGAAAAACCAAGUGCCCCGGCAGAAGAGAGGCUCCAUGCUAGUGAAGGAAAUCGUGAUAUCACUGAGAAGCAGAGCGAUAGACAUUUAGAAGAAGAAGAAGAUGAUGAUGAUGAUGAUGAUGAUUGGGAGGGAGUUGAGACUACUGAGCUCGAUGAUACAUUUAGUGCUGCUACGGCUUUUGUGGCUGCUGCUGCUGCUGAUCGUCUGUCACAGAAAGUGUCUACCGAUGUUCAAUUGCAGCUUUAUGCUCUCUAUAAGAUUGCCACCGAGGGUCCUUGCAGCACACCACAACCCUCUGCCCUGAAGAUGUCGGCUCGUGCCAAGUGGAAUGCAUGGCAGAGGUUGGGUGCUUUGCCUCCAGAAGAAGCAAUGCUGAAGUAUAUAAUGAUAGUUAGCGAGCUAUAUCCUUCUUGGGCAACUGGAUCUACUUUGAAACGUAAAGAUGGAGGCAAUGAUGCACCUGGUUCAGAUACCAAAGGACCAAUGGGGCCAGUUUUCAGCACCUUUGUUUAUGAGGAGGAGUCCGGAAAUGACUUGAAGAUGGAAGCUAUACAUGCCUGUGCAAGGGAAGGAGAGAUUGAUAGCUUGCUUAAAGAUAUAGCUAGCGGUGUUUCAGUUAAUCUGAAAGAUAGUGAUGGCCAAACCCCUUUGCAUUGGGCUGUUGACCGUGGCCACCUCAACAUUGUGGAGUUGCUUGUCAGCAGGAAUGCUGAUGUGAAUGCUAAGGAUAACGAGGGUCAAACUCCAUUGCAUUAUGCGGCAGUCUGUGACAGAGAAGCAAUUGCUGAGUAUCUCGUGAAGCAUAACGCUGGCAUUGAUGUGAAAGACAAUGAUGGCUACACCCCUAGUGACUUAUGCGAGUCAAACUGGUCCUGGAUGUCCAGUUCAUCAUCUGCAAAACCGAUUUGAUGAUGGUUUCCUUUAUCUUCUGCACUGGAAAAUUUUCUACACUAUCCUGCAGCAUAUGUAUAACCGAAAGGCAUAUGGCGUUAACAUAAUACAGGUGCACAAUCUUCUUUCAUUGGAUUCACGCCCCUCUCUUUCUCUCUCUCUUGCAAAGUCUCUAAUUAGAAGAAUAUUGGAAUUUGGGGGCAAAAUGUAAUGCAAGCUCACUUGUUAAUUGGCAUAAUUGAUACUAUUAUUGACUAAAACCACAGAGUUUAAGCAAUUUGGUUGGCUGAGGCUUGACUAAAAGAUGGUUAUACUCG